CAACAUCCGGUGUCGGGUCGUAAUGCUGACGCGUUGUCGGCGUUGUUUUCGUCAUUUUGGUCUUUUGGUAGAAGCAGCAGAGUAAUGUUACCCGCGCUGUUUUUCACAGCCCUCGGUGAUGAAUUUCAACGCUUUCGUGUGGUUUUAUGUGAAAUUUGAAAGCAUGGUGAUGUCUACACAUCACUGGGUGAUGUCACUCAUGUUCCAGGACCUCAGAUCGCAGAAAUAUGUGAUCAGUUUCGGUGCCUCGUUUGUGAUCGUAGGAGUGGUCGUGUUGCUUGUAAGUUUAGCUCUAACCUGGGCUCCUUCCUUAUGGCGGUUACGAAAGCAACCCGUUCUGCCGCCCAAGUUAGAACUGACGCCGUACAUUGGGAAAACUGAGCUGGCAGAAAAACGCAGCUUGCCAAACUUCUUGCCAGACUCUCAAGAGAUUCAAGUGAACGAAGAAUACAUUGAUGUUUAUAACCACUUGCAAGCACGAAAACGAAAUGAAGAAAGAGAAAGGGAUGAGGUCGAAGCGACAACAUCUUUGCGAGCCGCCCGACACAUGACAAAAAUGGGCAAGUACGAAAAGGCCCUCAAGCUCUUUCAGCACGCCAUGAUCCUGGACCCGAGCCAUCCAGACAUUCUCACAGAGUACGGAGAGUUCCUCGAGAACCACAAGAAAGAUUUCAUCAAAGCCGACCACAUGUACACGCGAGCCCUGGUUGUGAAACCGGACCACUCGCAGGCACUCGUCAAUCGACAGCGCACCCUUCCGGUGGUUGAGAAACUGGACGAGAAACAGCUAUCGCGCAUCGACAAGAAGCGAAUGUUCCUCAUCCAGAUUCCGGAGAGCGAUCCGUCGCUGAAAAGGAUGAAGAAGGAAGCCUACUUUCAACACAUUCAUCACACGGUCGCAAUAGAAGGAAACACAAUGACCCUCGCGGAGACGCGUAUGGUCGUGGAGACGCGUAUGGCCGUUCCUGGGAAGAGUAUUAUAGAACACAAUGAGAUUCUAGGUUUGGAAGCGGCACUAAAAUAUGUCAACAACACGCUCGUCAAUAAGGGAAUAUUGACCGUCAACGAUAUCUUGCAAAUGCAUCGAAGAGUGCUCGGAAACGUCAACCCAAUCGAUGCGGGAAUGCUCAGGCAAUCGCAGGUCUACGUCGGGGAACACACUCCUCCGAGAGCUAGCGAACUGAACGACCUCAUGGAAGACUUUGUCGACUGGCUAAACUCGGAACAAGUCCUCAGACUGCACCCUGUGAAAUAUGCUGCAUUGGCACACUACAAGCUCGUCUACAUUCAUCCAUUUGUUGACGGAAACGGACGGACUGCGCGCCUUUUAAUGAACCUCCUCUUGAUGCGGGUUGGCUACCCACCAGUUAUCGUACGCAAGCAAGACCGUGCACUCUACUACGAGUACCUGCAGUUGGGCAACGAGGGAGACGUCAGACCGUUUGUGCGUUUCAUCGCGGAGUGCACGGAACGGACGUUGGACGUCUACCUCUACGCGACGGAGUAUGCCAAGCACCAGAGGGCGCUGACUAGUCAGGACAGUAACGAGAGCGAAGUAGUGUUCAUAAACACGUGACACUUGGCAUGUUGCUAGACUAUGUUGAGACUCGUUGCAUCAGUGGGAGGUUUCAAGUUUUCAUUUUUUCAUUCAGUGUUGUAAAUGCAAUGAUAAAUUCUGCUUGUCACUGUUGAGCAGUAUAGCGUAUUGAGAUUUGCUAAGGCCUAACACAGCAGACGGGCUGUACUUUUAUGGGCACUGUUUUGUGUCACUACCGGCUCCUGUCAAGACCACAGUCUAUGAUGCCUAAGGGAAUAUUUUGUUUCUCCAGGAAAAAUAUUCUUAUCACUGUGAAUAGUUAACUUAUUAUGUAGUAUAGUUGAUACUGAACCAAUGCUGACAACCAACGUGUACAUAGCAUUGCAUUUAUGAGAUUUGCAUUACCACUUUUAGAUUGCGAAUUGUCAGUGUUCACGAGUUACCGACAGUAUUUUAUGUUCAACCCUAGUCUGUAUUUGCUUAUAAUAAAUAGCGGCACAAACACUAUGUAGGUGUUUCUGAAUAAAUGCACCAGACUGCUAAUGGACUAAGAUA